AUGGUGCUUGAAGAUAAUCAGAGAUCUUUAUUUGGUGCAAGAUCUACCACUUGGUGCGAUCAAAUUACACAAAAACAGGCAGACAGGGGUUACCUGAAAGUAGCUUAUACUUCGAGAAAAACCACACGAGAGAGACAAAUCACUUUCGUUCUGUACUGUACAACAUCGCUGAAUACUUGUGUCGCCGAGCAAAUUAUUGAAAAAUUUCAACGCGCUAUCGUGGAUCGGUACACCACGUAUUUCAAGCAAGAGCAUCAGUAUUAUUUGAAAGUUCUCUUGGUGGGGAAUAUCGGUGGAAGGUCCCAGAGCAUGAAUGGCAAGCGGAACCAUACUCAUACUGUAAAGAUGUCAAGGUAUCUCAUGAUGAAGAAGCUACAGCUGGGACAUCUGUGGUUAAAUGCAGAUUUUGGCAAGGAUUGUCGAGAUAGACUGUUGAUUUGCGAGUAG